ACAGUUGUUUACGUUGACGUAGCUCCGCCCCUGCUGUCCGCGUGCUGCUGACAGUGAGCUCAGUCUGAGAGGAGCCUCGCGACCACCUGCUAAACUCUCCACCAACGGUUGUCAGUUGACGUAAACGGGCUAACCAGCUAAUUAACUAACUAAACAACUAGUUUGAUCCAACGGAUAACUUCAGUAGCUUCUGGAGCUAACGGCUGACGGCGUGUGUUAUCCGGUUGAUUGGCAGUAAAUGAUGGAGGAGCUUCACGACGUCCAGCUGACUGAGAUCAAACCUCUCCUGACAGGACAGAAUGGGAGAAAUCUCCAGGACUUUGACUGUCAGGAUGUCUGACUCUCUGGAUUUGCACCAGAUCUCCUGUUCUUUAGGAGUUGGGGUGGAGCACGAUGUGGAGACGGCCCACGGUGUGCUGCACGUCACCAUGAGGGGAGUUGCUAAGGGCAGCCGUCCCACAAUCCUCACCUACCAUGACAUCGGACUCAAUCAUAAGUCUUGUUUCAACAGCCUGUUCAACUAUGAGGACAUGCAGGAAGUGACACAGCAUUUCUCAGUUUUGCAUGUUGAUGCUCCAGGACAGCAGGAGAACGCUCCUGUGUUCCCCACCGGGUACCAGUACCCCACCAUGGAUGAGCUGGCUGAGAUGCUGCCUUCUGUCCUGACACAGCUUCAGGUGAAGAGUGUGAUUGGUAUCGGCGUUGGAGCUGGAGCCUACAUCCUUACCAAGCUGGCUCUGAAUGAGCCCUCUCUGGUGGAGGGGUUAGUUCUGAUCAACGUUGACCCCUGUGCCAAGGGCUGGAUGGACUGGGCUGCCUCUAAGCUGAGCGGCUGGACGAGCAACCUGGUCGACAACAUCAUGGAACAUCACUUCAGCGCCGAUGAGUUAACAGACAAUAUGGAGAUCACCCAGACGUACAGACUCCACAUCUCUCAGGAUAUACCGCUGGACAACUUGGCCAUGUUCUACAACAGCUAUGACGGUCGUACUGAGUUGCAGAUGGAGCGGCCGCUUCUUGGUCUGAAUGAAGACACAGUCACCACACUGAGGUGUACCUCUCUGCUGGUGGUUGGAGACACGUCGCCUGCUGUUGAUGUCGUGGUGGAGUGUAACUCCAGACUGAACCCCACCAAGACCACCCUGCUCAAGAUGGCAGACUGUGGAGGACUCCCUCAGGUGAUGCAGCCUGGGAAACUUGCAGAGGCCUUCAAGUAUUUUGUCCAGGGGAUGGGCUACAUCCCUCAUGUUGUAUUAAACCGCCUGAGCAGCCAAUCAGUGCCCACAGCUGGUAUGACCCGGCUGGUUCGCUCCAGGACUCACUCGGCCUCCAGCGUCGGCUCCACUGAAGGCGUCCGGAGCCGCAGUACCACCAACACACUGCCAGAGGGCGCUAACUCCACCAUCCCCGGACACAUGGCAGAACAGACCAUCGAAAUGACCGCGUAGGACUGUUCCUGCUCUGUUUUCUCUCUCUUUACUCUUCAUUUCUUCUUCCUCUUUUCCUCCUCGGAUGCUGCAUGCAUCUGAAACUUUCCUCUGUUUAGGACGCAGCCAAACAUUUCUAACGUUGUAGUUGUAAAAGUUCUUCCUUAAGAAAAGAAAAGGUCACAUCUAACAUCACGUAAAGUAGAGAAACACCCUUAAAUAUCUUUAGAUUUGACCCUGUGCUCUUUAGGAUGCUGAUGUCGGUAGCGUUCACUCCCUCCUCCCCGGAGCCAUGCGGUUGCCGUGUUGACGCUGUAGAUGUAACUGUACCCGGAGAUCAGCUGGUUCAUAUUUACGUGUUGUAUUUCUUUAGUAGACUGCGGAUCAGAGCAGAUCAUAAUCUUUCUUCCUUUUUAGUUUGGUCCUGAUCCCUUCUUCUUUUUAUUAUUACUCUUAUUAUAACCAUGAUUAUGUUGUUCUGACUGUUGUUGGUGGUGUUUGCUACGAAGCGCGUUUCUGAAAGGAUUCACUCUUUUCCUAAAAUGACAGUAACUAAGUAAGGGAAUAGUUCACCAAAAUAAUACAAAUGGUUUUUAAAAUCAGCGGCGUGUUUGCGGCCCUGGAAUAUAUUCUGAGAUAACAUUUAGAACUGUUGACGUUGAAGUUUUUAAAUAUUCUCUGAGAUUAUAAAGUCAUAAUGUUAGUAGCCACACGGCUUGACUUUGUAGCCACACGGCUUGACUUUGCAAGGUUGGAUCAAUAUAUUACAUAUAGUCUGGAUCCUUCAUCGUCAUCAUCGUCACUUUGUUGUUUUCUUCUGAAUGCGUCCAAUGUUCGGCAAUUUCUCUCCAAAGUCCGGACGCUUGGGAUUAAAUGGUGACUCUGGGCUAAAGUUACAGGAUUUUCUUCUUGCUAAAUCUGAAUGCAAAGUAUAAUUUCAUGAGGUCAUCCACUGCAGGCGUAAUACACGGCAAGCAGUGAUGAUCCAACCUUGAAGCGAUGUGGUUCCUCCGACUUGUUCUGUCCUCGACUUUAAUCUCAGAGAUUCUUUAACAAAUGUAUCUCUGAAUAUUACACAUGCAGAACAAUCUGGCAAUUACUGUGAACAAACUUCAGGAUUGACCACAGUGAGAGAAGUGCUCCUCUGCGGUCACCAGCACCGUCACUGUGCACUUCCUUUACACAGCGAACACUUUCUCUCCACAUAAACUUGGGAGAGAGGGCAAAGUGUUUUCUGUGACUGUGCAGAUUUGAGCUAUUCCAGGCUUCAGAGUGAAGUCAUUGAUUAAGAAACUGUUCCUUUAACCUUUAACCUUUCACCUUUCUUUCGAUGGGGACCCUGAAAGCCCGUUUACCUUGUGUCUUCCUUCUCUGUUCCUGUACAUGAUUUAGUUUCAGUCCCUGAAGCCGCCAUGCUCUCUGCUCGUGAAGCCCGUCAGCAGCAUGCUCGUUGUGGAGUUUUGGCAUGCGGUCUGUGAAGUGGUAUCAGUGUAGUGAAUAACGGAGAUGUUGCUCAGCUGUGAACCCUCAACUCAAGAGACGGCGAAGAAAAACACCUCCACAUUGUGUCGCGGUUUGUUUUUCUCUGGACUGAAAGCUGCCAGCAGGGUUGUUGAUUAUUGAUUAUUAUACAGAUAUGAUGCUCUGACUGUAAGCACUUGUUUGGCUUCAGUGACAUUGUUUUGGUUUAAUUGCACUUCACGUUGGUGUGAGAAGACGAGGACAGGCGGUCGAUGGGAUCUGUGAUAUCUGGCGGACACGUUGCUCGCCCUGCUGAUGUUGACGGGGGUUCUGUAGUUUCAGGCAGUGAUGCUUCUUCUUCUCUCUGCUGUGACGCUGCCUCCUGCUGGAGGACUGAAGAGCAGCUCCCAGAGCAGGAAAUAAAUCCUGCUAGUUUGACUCUCGUUAGGAUUUCUGACGCUUUUCAAGGUUUCCUUAGGACGUCUCUGUUAAACAACUCAAAUCUUAGGGAGGGGGCUUCUGCACACUGACUGGUUCACACCAAGUCAAAUAUUAAGUUAUUUUAUUCUAUAUACACUAACUGUAAUUCUGCCGUCUGUUACUGUUAUUAAUAUUUAUUAACUAUUACUUUUGAGAUUUGUACUGAAGCAUCGGCUGUUACUCCAUGACUUUUAAUGUAAACAAGGUUUGUAAUGAAAUAAAGUUGUUAAUACCCAAAA